AUGGCGAUUCACGAGUAUUUAUUCCGCGAAUUUCAGUUGAGAAGAUUUCCUUUCUUUGACUUGAAUACUGAUAACGAUAAAGGAGCUGUCAGUUCACUUCUUAAAGAAAAUCAAUUAAAAUUAGCAACGAGCGGACAUGGAAGUUUUGUUUUUGGGGAUAAUGAAGGAAACAUUCAUAUUUUGAAUAGAAAUUUUAAAGGCAUAUCAUUUAGAGGUUUUGCCGUAACUAUUACUUUAGCUGAAUUUGUGAAAUAUUCACCUUUACUACUUGCUAUCGGUGAUGAUGAAGUCGGAGUAAAUCCUUUAUUAAAAGUUUGGAAUAUAGAAAAAUUAGACAGAAACGGUAAUCCAACUUGUUUAAGAGUUACUAGAUUAAAUUCUGCAUUGACAAAAUCAUGUAAUACUCAAAAAGCUGUAUCUCCAUCAUGCUUAUGUAUUCAUGAAGCACUGAAUCUUAUUGCUAUCGGAUUUAUCGAUGGAAGCAUAUUACUUUUUAGAGGAGAUAUAACUAGAGAUAGAAGUAGUAAAACUAAACUAUUAAAAGAUAGUGGAAAUAGCCCUGUUACAGGUUUAGCUUUCAGGACUUUUUCCAAAUUCACAUUUUUAUUCACCACAAAUGAGGAUCAAGUUUUUUUUUACGAUGUUUCAGUUAAAGAUAAAGAAAUUAAGAUUGAACUAGACAACAUUGGUUGCAAAGCUAAUUGCAGUUUAAUGGCUGAAUCAUCUCAUGGAGCCAAUUUUGUCGUUGCCAGAAAUGAUGCUGUAUAUUGUUAUACAACUGAUGGGAAAGGACCCUGUUAUGCAGUAGAAGGUGUUAAAACAUUAAUUCAAUGGUCUAAAAUGUAUUUAGUUAUAGUAUCUAAAAAAGAAAUAAAUUCCUCCAAUUCAUUUUUGAGCUCUACUCGGAUUUCAGGAGAAUCUAAUGCAUCUGAAAAUCAUGAAAUAACUAUUUUGGAUAUGCAAAAUAAACUAAUAGUUUUUUCAACCGUUAUGAAACCUAUUCUUGCAGUGGUUGUAGAAUGGGGUUCUUUUUAUGUUAUUACCAAAGAUCACAAAAUUCAUCAUUUGGUUGAAAAAAAUGUUCAAUCAAAAUUAGCCUUACUCUUUAAAAAAAAUCGCUAUGAUGUUGCCAUAAGAAUGGCUAAAAGUCAGCAUUAUGAUGAAGAAGGACUUGUGGAUAUAUUUAGGCAAUAUGGUGAUCAUUUAUAUGCUAAAGGUGAUAGAUUCGGUGCAAUAGAACAAUAUAUAAAAACCAUUGGAAAACUGGAACCAUCUUAUAUAAUUAGAAGGUUUAUGGAAUCAGCUCACAUGGAACAAUUAAUGGAAUAUUUACAAGCUUUACAUCGAGCUGGAUUAGCUGAUGAAGAUCACACUACUCUUCUUCUUAACUGUUACAUUAAAUUGGGUAGAACAACUGAUUUGAAAAAUUUUAUUAUGACAAAAGAUAGAGAAUUGGAUUUUGAUAUUGACAUUGCAUUAAAAGUUGUUCGAGGUGUGAAUCCGGAUGAUGCUUUGCUUUUGGCAAAAGCUCAUGCUAAACACGAAUGGGUUUUACGAAUCAUUUUAGAAGAUCAGAAAAAAUUUAACGAAGCCAUUCAAUACAUUAGAACACUUGAAGCUCAAGAUAUAGAAAAAUGCUUGCUUGAUUUUGGUGACAUUUUAAUUAAUAAUGUGCCUAAAGAAACCACAGAGUUUUUAAAAGGUUAUUUCACUGAAGCAAAUUCGGGGAAAAAAACUUACGAUGGUAUUUUCGACGAUAAAAAUUCAAGUCCUAAUCCUCAAGAUUAUUUGCAUUUGUUUUUAAAUAAAUCGGAAUAUUUAGUGGAAUUUUUAGAGCAUUUAAUCGAAGUACGUUCCGGAUGGAAUAAGCAAAUUUAUAAUGCCUUGGUCGAGCAUUUAUUAGUUGUUUGGAGUAGAGCCGAAGGAAAUGACAAAACAAUGGCAGAACAAAGACUAAUGAAACUCUUACAAAAUCCGGAUGCUUUGUACGAUAAAGACCAAACGUUCAUAUUAUGUCGAAUGUACAACUUUUCACCAGGUAUAAUUUUAUUGUACGAAGAAAAUAAAAUGUAUCAUCAAGUGCUACAGUAUUAUUUAAUGCAGGAAGAUUACAAAGCUGUUUUGGCAACGUGUAAAAGAUACGGUCAUCAAGAUCCCUCGUUGUGGGUUCAAGCUCUAUGGUCGGUCGCGAGACAGUCUUCCGCUCCUUCUCAACUACUUUCCGACAUUUUAGCUGUUAUAGAAAAAGAAAAAUUACUGUCUCCAUUGUUAACCGUUGAAGCUCUUGGAGAUACUCCCGCGACUUUGGGACAAGUGAGAAAGUAUUUAAUGACCGUUUUGCAGGCCGAAGAAGAAUUACUCACCAAAGAAUCGGAAUUGAUACAUAAGUACACGGCGGAAACUAAAAAAGUCAAAUCGCACAUAAAAGAUUUGCAAAACAACGCGACCAUUUUCCAGGGUUCGAGAUGCAGCAUUUGCACACAUCAAUUGGAAUUACCAAGUAUUCAUUUUUUAUGUCAACAUUCUUACCACCAACAUUGUUUUCAGGGCUAUUCGGAAAAUGAAAACGAAUGCAUUGUGUGCAAAAGAAACAAUAAACAGCUUUUAGAUAUGAUAAAGUAUCAGGAACAAAGUCACGAAUUGCACGAAUCGUUUCACAGUCAAUUGGAAAAAGCAGACGAUGGUUUUUCGGUUGUCGCCGAUUAUUUCGGUAGAGGAGUUUUCAAUACCCUAACGAUCGUACCUCCCGCCAUUUCGAUGACGGCAGAACAAAAAACCAAACCUGGCACUAAAGCGGAGGUAGCAACGAGUAAAAAUUAUGAAAGUUAUAAGCCGAUAACAAAUACAUCUUCGGAUAGAAUAGAAUCCAAUAUAAAAAAAUUAGAAGAUACUCCGAGUAUCAGGUAA